GGAAAUCGAGUGUCGAGGACGUGGACGUCCGGUUGUACUCGUGGUUCAUGGAACAAAACGCGAUCGGCAGGUCGGUCACGGACUCGUUGCUUUGGGAAAAAGCGGUGCAGCUGCAAAAGGAGUUGGGUGGACCGACGGUGAGCCGCGGUUGGCUGACGAAUUUCAAGGCGCGCCAUUGCGUGAAGCUGCCGGAGCAGCCAGCGGGAGAUUCGAAUCUCCAUACGGAAUUCUUCGUGAAGGAAGAGCUGUGCCUGAAGGAGGAAGUGAUGCUGGACGAAACUGCGGAGGCGGACCAAAAUGGAAGCUGGAUCAACGAAGCGAAUGAUCCGGAGGAGUUUUUAAAGAAUCUCACCGAGAGACUGCGACAAGAAGGAGUUACGAACAAGAAUAUUUAUUACAUGAAGAACGUCACGCUAGCGUGGAAGGCUUUUCCCGCGACGCUUCUGGAGCAGUGCAAGAGCAGGAAGAGCAGGAGCAGGAAAUUCAAACAGGAUCGGGUGACCAUCUCGCUGUGCUGCAACGUGUCCGGUUGCCAGAAGCUGGAGCCAUUAUUUAUUUACAACAACGAGAAUCCGAAAGUGUUGAAGCACUGCAUGGAUCGUUUGCCAGUCCUGUUCAAAGGCCAGCCGGAAGCUCGCAUGGACCGGGCAAUGUUUCUCGACUGGUUCGAGAACCAAUUCAAACCGACCGUGAUGAUACUCCAGUACCCCGACAGCGACGGGAAGGUCGUUCUGCUUUUGGACGACGAGCUGAGGCGCGACUUAGAGAUCGCGCCGGCAGACUUCGGGCAAACGGAGGACGUUCAAAUCGUCUUCCUACCUGCCUGUUCGUCGCACCUUUUGCAACCUCUUGAACAAGAGGUGGCGGAGAAGUCGAAACGAUCGUAUCGGCUGAAAAUGUUGAACCGCGUGCUGAAAUUUCCCGGUGACGUGCGGAAAUUUUAUUUCGAUUACGAUCUGAAGGACUGCAUCGAUCUUUUCGCCGAAACGUGGAUAGAACUGAGCGCGUUGAACGUCCGAGCUGCCUGGGAUCGAAUUGUCAACAAAAUCACGGACAUUCGUCCGAUCAAGGAGGAGCCGGUUGAUCCUCUGGAACCUAACUUUCAGGACAUCAUUAGCGUAAUCUCUGGAGAGCGAAAGCCCAAUGAGACUGUCGACGAAUUUUUGUCACGAUGCGAGGAAGCAGAGAAGAACGUUACGAGGCACGACGGGGUUGGGACCAAAGGCAACGACGACGACGAUUACGAAGACGAAGAUGAUAAGGACGAAGACGAAUUCGACGGCGAGACUAAAGUACCCACGGAGCUUGUGAUGAAGAAGGCAUUCGACACUCUGCUGAAAUGGUCGAAACAGCAACCGCAGUAUAUUCAGCUGCAAGUCGAAUACUUGAAGAACUACUACGAAAGCACUAUCAGCAACAACUGAGACUGAAACAAUGGCCGGGAUGAACGUGAAAAUAUCUGGAAUGACGAGAGAUUUUGUAUGAUGCGCGUGUGUAUGAAUGAAAGAAUGUUUGAUUUCACUAUACAUUGUAAACAUUUCAUGAUUAGCAUUGUUAUAUAGUAUAGCGUUUUUCCCGAUCAAACUGUGAGCUGUUUCUGUUUGAUUGAUUUGCCUCAUUUUUGUCGGGAAAAUUGUUUGUCUAUCGCCGGUAAUGACAUGUACUUGAGUGCCUUAUUGAUUUCCAUGCACUGCUGCGGUGGGGAUAACGUCGUUCAUAUUUUGGGAUUUAGUAAUGAACGUCCGUGAACACGAUCGUGUUUACAGUUUACAAUAGGAUCAUUAUUUUCUACAUAGUAUUUUAUCCGGAUUUGUAUUGCUAUAAUUCCGAAUUUAAUUCUUGCACCUAUUGUAUCCAACUGAAACGUAAAAAUAUGGAAAUCUCAAGAACAAAUUAGCUAAUUGAAUAUUUAAUUAUGAAAUGUAAAUCGAAUUUAGUGAUUUUUGUAGAAAUUAAUAUAAUUAUAUAUUUUGAAAAUCUUUUUACAAUCGUGUUUACAGUUUACAAUAGGAUCAUUACUUUCUACAUAGUGUUUUAUCCGGAUUUGUAUUCCUAUAAUUCCGAAUUUAAUUCUUGCACCUAUUGUAUCCAACUGAAACGUAAAAAUAUGGAAAUCUCAAGAACAAAUUAGCUAAUUAAAUAUUUAAUUAUGUACAAAAUGUAAAUCGAAUUUAGUGAUUUUUUAGAGAUUAAUAUAAUCAUAUAUUUUGAAAAUCUUUUUACUGCUUUUAAAUUUAACAUUUUAAACGGAAAGUUGAUUAAGCGGCCCAACAUUUUCAGCCGAUAUGAUCGUUUCGACUUUUCCGCUACCUCCUGUUCAAGAGGUUGCAAAAGGUGUGAUGAACAGACAGGAAGGAAGACGAUUUGAACGUCCUUUGUUUGCCCAAAGUCUGCUGGCACGAUCUCUAAAUUGCGCCUUUGCUCGUCGUCCAAAAUCAGAUGAAUUCGGAAUUAUGUAAUAUGAUCGGAUAACAAUCGUCUACUAAAGAUCUCAUCAGUAUAGGAUAGUAUUUAGUGAAUGAUCCACGAAUUUUUAUUUCCAUUGGAAUUGUUGGCUAUUAAUCGCGACGAGACCGAACAUGUUUAGCGCUUGUAAAUAGAACAAAUGGAGAACAUGAAUUUGUAAUUUUUAAUAUCGAAGUUGUAUGUCCAGUCGCACAAGAACCAUCAUGUACGAAAGUAUGGCAACUCGGACAAGGUUGAUCGGAACAAAUGAUUUAAUAUCGAAUCGUAAUUAUUUUAAAACUUGUAUAAAAAUCAACUAAUACUUAAUAAAAUCGUCGUUACAUUGACGUGUUAAUAUUGAAUACUAA